AUGCAAGAUGAUGAAACCCAUCAAUUUCUGUUGGGCUUAGAUACGGACCUUUAUGGGUUAGCCCGAUUAUCUCGUUUAGCCCAAUACCCUUUGUCGUCUUUCGACCGAGUGUACUCGGUUAUCUCUCAAGAAGAAAGACUCGCUUCUUCCUCAAAUUCAUCGCCCGAUUUUCUCAGUUUUGCAACCUCAACCCCAUUGCGACCUCCGUCAUCCAAGUCAACCUCCACCAGUCGCGGUUGCCAGUGCUCUGUGUGCGAGAAAUCCAGUCACAACAUCGCCGUAUGCUUCUGUGUGAAACCUUGCCCCCACUGCCAACGAACUGACCGCGAUGAUGCUAUGAGCUGGUCAGAUAUCCGACGGGCAGGCGGGCUGGGGACUGGCCGUGAAAAUUUUGCCUCAGCUCCGGCCAAAGCAAAUUCCACUAGUGCCAAUAAUUCGUUGCAACUUUCUGAUUUCGGGUCUGGUCAUAUUCCAGCCUCCACAUGUUUGAGUCUCGAUCAAUGGCAGACCCUUGUGAAUUUCGCCCAAUAA